AUGAGGAGGCUUGAUCCGGUGCAUUUCUCCAUGCUGGUCAUCGGGGUCUCCUUCGCCUGCUACGCCCCGAGUUUGGAUUCUCUGCAGGACCAGGCUUACCGAUCGGCAGUGGUGAUCGAAGGCGAGGUGCGCUCGUUGCCUGAGAACGUCUCUGUGGAACCGUACAGUGUGAAUGUCAAAGUGCUGGACGUGUGGCCGUUGAACAGCGGCGGGCUGGAGCGCGAGCAGCUCGUAACCGUCGGGGAAUUCGGCUCGGAGGCUCCGUGUGUUGCAGUGGAAAAGGACCACAGAUAUAUUUUUUUCAUGGACCCAACAGAGGAGCCCUUAGUAUUCAAAGCAUCGUUUGCUCCACUGGACACCAGUGGGAAGAAUCUAAAAAAAGAUGUGGAGAGCAUAUUGUGUGAAGACUGCGCGUCUGCUCCAAAGCUGAAGCCGCUGAGUGCUCAGGUGGUGUUGGAGGGCUCUGAGCUGGUCUUGAAGUGCGAGGCAACAGGGAACCCCAGUCCGUCCUUCCGCUGGUACAAAGACGGCAGCGAACUUAGGAAGAGCAAAGACGUCAAAAUCAAAUCCAAGAAAAAAAACUCAAAGAUCCAGAUCAACCGAGUGAGACUAGAGGAUUCUGGGAAUUACACGUGUGUGGUGGAGAACACGCUUGGCAAGGAAAACUCCACAAGCUUUGUCCACAUCGAGAGCCUAUCCACCACGCUGUCGCCGGGGUCCAGUCAUGCCCGCAAGUGUAAUGAAACAGAGAAAGCGUAUUGCAUCAAUGGUGGGGACUGUUAUUUUAUACACGGCAUUAACCAGCCGUCAUGCGAGUGUCCAAAUGAGUAUACUGGUGAUCGCUGUCAAAACUCCGUUCUGAGCAAAUUCUACAAGCUUCUUGGAAAUGAAAUUAAGGGAGCAGAGGAGUGGUACCAGAAGAGAGUACUAACCAUCACAGGAAUCUGUGUGGCGUUGCUGGUGGUUGGCAUAGUGUGUGUGGUGGCCUACUGCAAAACCAAGAAACAGAGGAAGAAAAUGCACAACCAUUUGCACCAAAACAUGUGUGCAGAACACCCCAAUCGUAUGCUGGCUAAUGGGCCCCACCAUCCUGGACCGGGACCUGAAGAGAUCCCUAUGGUGGAUUAUAUCUCCAAGAACGCCCCGGCGACCGAGCGUGUGAUUCGACACGGAACGGAGACGUCCGGAAACUUCUCGGGCAGCAGAAUGUCCUCAAGGUCCCACCACUCCUCCACAGCGUCUCAUGCCUCUAGUCACAGACAUGAGGAGCGCACGUGGAGCAUGGAGCGGACGGACAGCAUGAAUUCCGACUGCCACUCAGGGGCGUUAUCUUCGUCUGUGGGGACCAGUAAAUGCAACAGUCCUGCGUGCAUGGAAGCGCGAGCGCGGCGUGCAGCAAACUGUGGCUUUACUGAUCCAACCAGGCCGCCCCUGCAGUGUGGAGAUUCAUACGACUCACUGCGGGACUCCCCACACAGUGACAGGUAUGUGUCAGCGUUGACCACACCGGCCCGCCUGUCCCCGGUGGACUUCCAUUACUCACUGCCCCCGCAGGUGCCUACCUUUCAGAUCACCACGCCCAACGCCAGCCACGCCCUCUCCCUGCCCCCUGCAGCUGCUGCCAUGGCAACCUACAUGGCCGACGACAACCAGCCGCUCCUAAGGCAUUACCGUCGCCCCCUACGACCGUACUACAGCGCGGAGAGCACGGGCUCGCUGCCGUCCAGUCCGUACCGGCUGGCGGAGGACGAGGACUACGAGACCACGCAGGAGUACCUGUCGUCCCGCGAAAGGCCCAAAAGGAGCAGUCGCCGUUGGCGCAGGAGGUCACGACUCAACGGACACAUUUCCCAUCGUGCAUCUGGACAAAGAGACUACAGUUCCCAGAGCUGCCUGUCGGACAGCGAAUGGGACGAGGAUGAGGAGGACAUGGGGGACCUGGGGCAUGGUGAGAGCACACCCUUCCUCAGUAUGCAGAAUAUGAAUGCCACCGAACUAUCAACCAUAUACCGGCCCACAGACGGACGGACUUUUGGUGCCAUGGGUCGAAGCGGUUCACGUGGCAACAUACAGAGCAAAUUGUCACUGUCUCGGUCCAAACCAGACAAUGCACCCCUUUAA